ACUCACAAUAUUCAUCUCUCUCUCUCAUCGCGUUUGGUGGAAUAGCACAUGGGGACACGUGUAAGCCCAUACCUCUGACGGAAAUCACCCUUCCACGCGCCGUCACGCAUGGCGGAACCAUCAUCUCAAUCGGGUCAAUUUGUCUCCGACGUGAUUUCCAAGUCGACCCAUUUGAAUCAUUUGAAGCAAGUUCAAUCCUUUCUCGUCGUUGCUGGACUAAGUCACUCACCCUUCCUCUGUUUCAAGCUCCUCCGCUUCUGCACUCUUCGUCUCUCUAAUAUCUCCUACGCUCGCUUUGUCUUUGAUCGCUUCUCUUACCCUAAUACGCAUCUCUACGCCGCCGUUUUGACCGCUUACUCUUCCUCUCUCCCUCUCCAUGCUUCCUCUGCCUUCUCCUUCUUCCGUCUUAUGCUUUACCGCUCGGUUCCUCGUCCUAACCACUUCAUCUACCCUCUUGUCCUCAAAUCAACACCGCAUCUCUCCUCUGCUCUCUCCACUCCUUUGGUGCAUUCGCACUUGUUUAAGUCCGGGUUUCAUCAUUACCUCGUCGUGCAAACCGCUCUGCUUCACGCGUACGCCUCCUCCUCUGUUUCUCACAUCCCUCUUGCAAGACAGCUGUUCGAUGAAAUGUCUGAGAGAAACGUUGUUUCUUGGACUGCUUUGCUUUCUGGGUAUGCGAGGUCUGGUGAUAUCUCCAAUGCUAUUGCUCUUUUUGACGAAAUGCCUGAGCGUGAUGCUCCUUCCUGGAACGCCGUUCUUGCUGCUUGUACACAGAAUGGUCUCUUUAUGGAAGCGAUUUCUCUGUUUAGAAAGAUGAUCAAUGACCCUUAUGUUCUUCCUAAUGAGGUAACUUUAGUUUGUGUCCUUUCCGCUUGUGCUCAAUCUGGUAACCUUCAGCUGGCCAAAGGGAUUCACGCCUUUGCAUACCGUCAUUCUCUUUCUUCCCAUAUGUUCGUCUCCACUUCAUUGGUGGAUUUGUAUGGAAAAUGUGGCAACUUGGUGGAAGCAAGCUCUGUUUUUAAGAUGACGAACAAGAAAACCCUAACAGCUUGGAACUCCAUGAUAAACUGCUUCGCUCUCCAUGGUAGAAGCGAAGAAGCCAUAGCAGUGUUUGAAGAGAUGAUGUGUAACCAUGUAAAGCCAGAUCGCAUUACUUUUAUAGGUCUUCUCAAUGCAUGUACACAUGGAGGUUUGGUAACAAAAGGCCGACAUUAUUUCGACAUCAUGUCAAACAGAUUCGACAUAGAGCCAAGGAUUGAGCAUUACGGCUGCCUGAUAGAUCUUCUAGGCAGAGCAGGUUUGUUUAACGAAGCAUUGGAAGUUGUGGCUGAGAUGAAGAUGAAACCAGAUGAAGCUAUUUGGGGAUCAUUGCUUAACGCUUGUAAGAAAUAUGGCCAUUUGGAUUUGGCUGUUGUUGCUGUUAAGAAUCUUGUUGCUCUAAAUCCUAACAAUGGAGGUUACAUCUCCAUGAUGGCAAACUUAUAUGGAGAGAUGGGUAACUGGGAAGAAGCACGCAGAGCUAGAAAGAUGAUUAAACUCCAAAAUGCCUAUAAAACACCAGGCUGUAGUUGGAUUAUGAUCGACAGUGAGGUCAAUCAGUUCUAUUCUCUUGACAAGUCGCAUCCGAAGAGCGAGGAGAUAUGUGAUACUUGACAGUUUGAUGUCUUUAUGACACCUUGGGAUGGUCCUAGAUUUUCAUAUUGACUUGACUAAGCUGUGUACUCUGCUUUCUAAUGGCUACAAAGAAGCUGUGGAAGUUACAACUUUUCCAUUUUUUAUAUCGUUGCUUUCUCCACAGGUUACAUACUUGCAUACUAAUACCCAACAGCUGCUACUGUAUUGUUGUCGACUUGUUGCAUAAAAAGAGAAACCUAUUACGUGGUUUUCCAGCAAUAAUUAUGUUGCUUCUAAGACAGUUACGUGCUGACUUAUCAUUACUUUGCUCUCUUUCUUGCGUGUUCUUUGUAAUUCUCAAGUCCAUGGAAGAUUAAACAUGGCGUUAAAGAGAAGUUGUGCUACACAUUUACCUCUUCUUUAAGUUUUGUAUCACUUUCUCGCGUAGGUUUGUUGGUACUG